AAAAGGGCGAAAGCAUGGCCUCGGCGUCCCGGCAGUCCAGACGGCCGGGUCGAAACUCAAGUAGUCAAGAGAAAGAAACACUUGCGAAAGGCACCUGUUAACGGCGCUUCUUUUGAAGUUGACGCGAAGUCGUCUUCAGAGACAGACGCUGAGAAAAGAAAAUAUAGUUCAUUCACGACCGCAAGAAACACGAGGCCGUUCGUGAAUCUUGAAGAGUUCGGACAGCGCUAGGCAGGAGCCGUCGCUGCUGCUGCUGCUUCCUGCUGCUUCCUUCUCGCCAGACAACGUCGGAGCUUUCGCGGCCCUGACGCGCAUAUAAUAUAGCCGCUAGCAUCUCGUAUUCAAAGCCGGCUAAGCCAGCACAGUGAAUCUAGGUCCGCCAGAAGCGCAGCACGGCCAUGCUCAUUCGUUGUGGCUACGUCGCGGCCGCGCUGCUUGUUCUCUUGCACGCGGUAGUCAUGUCGGUUGGAGCAAUUACGCCGCCUAAUGGUCCCAUAAAAGUACCCGUUCGCAACGGAAGGUGCGUCUACCGUGGCAGAUCAGUAUGGGAAGCUUACAUCACCCUUGCAGACGGGAAGUGCGUGAAAGCCAAAUGCAAGCCCAAGGAACGCCUGCUGCACUUCAUUCCGAUGAAGGAAUGUAUGCUCCCAGCUGCUGGCAGGGGAUGUUUCUACGAGGACGGACUCUUGGAACAACAGUGCUGCAAGCCGAGCAUAAUCUGCUAUUAGCUACAAGCCCCAAAUAAUGGGUGCCCUGUGCCCUCGUAGUCUGUGCUUCGUACUUACCAAAACAGAAAAAUAAACGAUUCGUUGGA